GGGGAGGGGGCACUGGGAUUUGGUGAGUUAUAACGCGUUUGGGGGAUCUCCCCCCUCCACGCUUUCAAACUAGGGAGUCUCUGGGGGCUGUAAUGCUCGUGGGGAAAAGCCAGUUUGUUUAGUUCCCCUCGUUCGCACUCCAAAACCUGUGAGUCUUGUGGUUAAAAGUUGAAUCUAGACACCCCCUCCCCCCUAUGAUUGUAAAAGAAGAAUUAGAGUAAUAGUAAAACAUUUUAAAAAAUUGAAGUUGGCAAACAUACAUGGGUUUGAUUGGCUAAAAAAUUAUCUCUGUGCAGAUGGGAAGCAUUAGUGUGGCCAGCAUGUAAUUAUUUUUACACAUCUAGAAUAGUAGCUAGAGUCAUUAAAGAUCCCACCUUAUGCAUUGGCAAUAAUGUAUUUAAAGAUGCAUCUGCUUAGUAGGAGAGCAUACAGUGGCUUGCUUUUCAGUCAAGGUUCCAUGGCAACUUGCCUUAGAAGAGGCAAAAGUUUAAUCAAGCCCCGUCUAUGUAGAAAUAUCAGCCUCUCCUGUCAGAGAUAUACAGUUAUGGCAUCGUGGAUAAUAGAGAGAUAUGGGCGAAAUGAUGUGCUACGAUUUACAAAUAACAUGAUGUUCCCUAUAAUACAUUUUCCAAAUGAAGUCAUUAUUAAAGUCCAUGCUGCAAGUUUAAACCCUAUAGAUGUUAAUAUGAGAAAUGGUUAUGGAGCAGCUGCUUUAAAUAUGAAACGUGAUCCACUGAAAUUGAAAAGCACCGGGAAUGAAUUUCCUCUAACACUUGGUCGAGAUGUAUCUGGUGUAAUUAUGGAAUGUGGGCUAAAUGUGUCCUAUUUCAAACCUGGAGAUGAGGUAUGGGCAGCAAUUCCUCCCUGGAAACAAGGCACUAUAUCAGAGUUUGUUGUAGCUAGUGGAAAUGAGAUCUCUCACAAGCCCAAGUGUCUCAGUCACAUGGAAGCUGCCUCCUUACCAUAUGUCGGUCUAACAGCAUGGUCUGCAAUGAACCAAAUUGGGGGAUUGAACCAAGAUAAUUGCAGUGGGAAACGAAUAUUAAUUUUCGGCGCUUCAGGUGGAGUUGGUACCUUUGCUAUCCAGCUAAUGAAAGCUUGGGGUGGUCAUGUGACAGCCGUUUGUUCUCAGGAUGCCAGUACCCUGGUGAAAAAGCUUGGAGCAGAUGAUGUGAUUGAUUACAAAUCUGGAGAUGUAGCAGAGCAACUGAAAAUGUUACCAUUGUUUGAUUUCAUCCUAGAUAAUGUUGGUGGACCCACUGAAAAAUGGUCUCCAGAUUUCCUCAAGAAAUGGUCAGGAGCCACAUAUGUUACUUUGGUAACACCCUUUCUACUGAAUGUGGACAGGCUUGGAGUAGCUGAUGGCAUGCUACAAACAGGAGUCACGAUUGGAACCAAAACUGUAAAGCACCUCUGUAAAGGAAUCCAUUAUCGAUGGGCAUUUUUCACACCGAGCGGCCAAUCUUUGGAUGAGAUAGCAAAACUGGUUGAAUCAGGAAAGAUCCAUCCAGUUGUUGAGCAAGUCUUCUCUUUUUCUGAAGUUCCAAAGGCCUUUCUGAAGCUAGAAGGAGGACAUGCACGUGGGAAAACAGUGAUCAAUGUAAUUAAUAAAAAAUAACAUCUACAGCCA